AUGCGGUGUUCGAUCGUACACAUCCUCCUGGGCUACACGGUCGUUGCGCCUGUCCUGUGCCAGACAAGCACGAACUCCUCCAAUUCGACCGGGACUGUGAGCCCUUUCGCUGUCUAUACUUUGUCGGCGGAGAACAUCACGGCAAAAUUUAUACCCUAUGGCGCUCGUCUUACAUCUCUCCUAGUACAGGACCGCCAGGGCCAGUUGCAAGAUGUGGUAGCAGGAUACGACAAUCCGACUCAAUAUGUGACCGAUACCGAAACGAAUCAUACCUACUUCGGGUCGAUUGUCGGCCGGUACGCAAAUCGCAUCAAGAAUAGCACCUUUACGUUGAACGGCCAUACCUACCAUAUUCCGGCCAACGAGAACGCCGGCGCGGACACUCUGCAUGGAGGUACCGUCGGGUAUGAUCAGCGCAACUGGACCGUGGUGGCCACAUCGAGUUCGAGCAUCACUUUCAGUCUGCUUGACACCGGCUUCGAGGGAUUCCCUGGCACUGUUCUAAUAACAGCCACGUUCACGGUUGGGAGUUUUGCCAGUGGGCCGCAUGGCGAAGUGCACCCGCGACUAACGAGCAGUAUUGUAUCUCAGGCCCUCGAUCAAGAGACGCCGAUAAUGCUGGCAAACCACAUUUACUGGAACCUGAAUGCAUUCAAACAGGCGACAAUACUGAAUGACACCACUUUGUGGAUGCCUUAUUCCGAUCGGUAUAUCGUCGUCGACCCUAUCUUGAUCCCGACCGGUGCACUGGGGUCAGUCUCCAACUUGUCCGCAUUGAACUUCACCUCGCCUAAGCUGCUUGGAGACGCUAUCGCCCACGCCGCUGGCGUUUGCGGAGCAGGGUGUACCGGGAUAGAUAACGCUUUCAUCCUUGACAGACCGGCCGAUGCUGGCCCAACAUCGUCCAACUACCCCGUGCUCUCAUUGUGGUCCGAGACUACGGGAAUACGGGUGGACGUGUCGACCAACCAGCAAGGGCUCCAGUUAUACAGCUGCAACGGCCAGAAUGGCACUAUUCCGGUCAAGCAAAGCCAGCAACAGAGAAACAACGGCACACAGGGCGCGGCCAAGUAUGUCAACAAGCAUGGCUGUCUGGUCAUUGAGACGCAAGCCUGGAUUGACGGGGUUAAUCAUCCGGAAUGGGGGGUUAACAAUUACGAGCUCUUCUCGCCCACAACUGGGCCUGCAGUGAACUUUGCCACCUAUGAUUUCUCGACUUUUUGA